AUGUCUAUCACUUAUAUUGCGUCUCACGAACAGUUUCAGAGGCAGCCUUCCGCACAGCCAGAGGACGACAUGGUCAAUACACAGCUAUCAUCAGAAAGCUUUCGGAUCAUUGAGAUGCAAACACUUGUUAACCUCCUUGAACUUUCUCAUGGACCCGCGCUACACAGUGGCAACCCCGGGACUUGUAAAGAAUUGGUACAAGAAAAUACCGGCCCAUUGGCUGCUCCGGAGCAAACUGAGAUAGGCGAGCAAAGUUUGGUGCAGCCAGUUCCUGAGUAUCGGACCAUUAUGGACCCUUCAGCCAGUUUAUCUCAGGCUCAGGAUAAUAAUCUCAGCAGAGAUGCUGGAAAUUCCGAUAUUGAACUGGGCAGACAGAAUGAUAUGGAGGAGACGCUUCGUCAAGAACUCUAG